GAACAAUAAUACGAUAACGAUAGUAGGAGCAGUGUAAGAGUUGCGGAUACUUGAAGAUGUGAGACGAUGCUUAUACGAAUCAUCUGCCUCUCUUGAUCCUUAUCAAAUUUUCAAUUGAAUUCUUUAUCUACGUCGCCGCCAUCGGCGCCCUGCUUACCAUUGUGUUGAUCGCAAUUCUUGACUCCGACUCGAGUCGCAACUUCGACCUGGAAUACCAUCCUCGCAACAAUUGAAUGUUUAGAUCGAUACUUUUACGAUAUGAUCAAUCAAUUGCUUCUCCUUCUACACCUUUGAUUUAUCUCAAGGUGAAUCAUUUAAACAGUUAUGAAUGCGACAUCAAAUUCUACAUCUGAUAUCUUUAUACCAAGUCAACCAAUUGAUUCUCUACUGACUGGAACGGUAAUUCAAUCUCAGCGUCGUCGUCGACUUUCUCAAUUACCGCCUUCUUCACCUCCACCCCCACCGCCAGCACAUUUCCUUCCUCCUUCGCCAUCAUCUACCCUUUCUCCCUCAGAUCUCCAAUCACCCUUCCAAAAAUUCCUCAAGUCUUACCAGACCUUUGCGCUUAACAUAAAAGAAACCCACACGUACUGGCUAUCUCUCCGCACUCAAUAUGUUGACCAAAUCUCCCAUCAAGAUCGAAAAUGGACCUCUCCAUAUCUCUCCUUUGGACGAUGGCUCACUCAAACAUACCACGAAAUCACCAGGGACAUGAUCAUCUCUAUGAUUAAAUACGAAUUCGAAAAUGAAUAUACAAACAAGCUUGGAAGGAAAGUUAAAGCAGAAGUAAGGAAACUGGCAAAGAGGUUGGAGGUGACUAUCUGGGAUUUACAUUUUGCCCUGGGAAGGGAUGUGUUGGUGUCGAUGAGAGCCUUGGUUGCACUGAACGGGCUUUGCAGAAAGAUAAAUGAGACGGAAGGGAAGCUGGGAUUGCGACUGGAAGGCUUGAUUCCCAAAUUGGAAGAGCAGGUUUGGUUAAGAUAUCAGGCUAGGGCUCAGCAUGCUUGUGCGGAUAUGACUAGGUUUGCUCCGGCUGAUGUUUUGAAAGCUUGUGCCGCGAUGAAAGUAAAUAAUCUUGGGGCUGGAGGGAUAAAUGACGACAGCGAGGAAGGCGAAAAAGAAGAAAAGAACAGAGAAGGAAAUGGAGAAGGGGAGAUUUUGAACAAGAUACAGUCUACGAGUGAGGGUCUUGCAAAAUCGGAUUCAGAAGGUUGGGUGCCAGAGUUUCGUAAAGAAUAUUUACCAGUUGGAGAUUCAGAUAAUAUAAAAGAAACUGUUGAUAGUAGAGAUGCUGCGAAUGGUACGAUGAAGAUAGAAGGUUCGGAGAACAAACAAGGAGGCUUCACAAAUGACAUAUCGGCUUGCUUUCCAGAGUCAAUUAUUAUUGGGAAGAUAGAGAAGGAUGGGUUGGGGGAAAUGGCGAUGGGAAAGGGAACCGUGAUGAGCGGGCAAAUGAAUGGACAGACGAGUGGCCAGAAGACUGCGCAACAGAGUGAGGAUAGCCCGAAGGAUAAUGAUGAGAACAAAAGGAACAAUGAGCUUUCAAAGGAGGAGGAUGACUACGAUGACGGAUAUGGAUAUGAUGGUUUUGACACCUCUACUGAUGGGGAUGAGAGUAUGGAUUUCACAGAAGUCGCGGACAACACGAUUCACGAAUUCCAAAAAGCAUUUGGAUCUCAUAUCCAGGAUCGUCGAUCAUUCGACUCUAAUGCACCAGGAAGCAAGGCACUGACUCCUGUUCCGACUUGUCACCACGAUAAAAGCAAUGUUGAAGAGGGAUUUGAAAAUAUCCUGGAUUCUAUCUCUGGCCCGAACUCUUCUGAUGCAACACCAACACGACGCCAUUUCACAAUGAGAAACAAGAAGAAGCGAACAAACUACAGCAUACCCAAGAUAAGCAAGGUAGCUGAAGAUCAAUACAUUCAUGAACCUGAUACACCAGAAGUUCCUCGUCAUGCCAUAGUUGAGCGAGGGUACGAAUCAGACAGGGAAGAAGUCAUUUACAAAACUUCCAAUACUUUUAUAAAUUUGGUAACCCCCGAUAACACUUCAACUCGACGUGUAUCACCACUCCAAUUCCAAAAAGCACAAAUCCCUGAUUCUAAUCACAAAAAACUUUGGGGUCGACCUGGGGAUCUGAUUUUCUGCUCAAAGACUUCUACUAGUGAUACAAGUGUUGUUAUUAGCCUCGAUAAGGAAGUUCCUAAACUUCAACCAGGGCAAUGGCUGAAUGAUGAAUUAAUCAAUCUUUAUCUUUUCUGGCUCUACAAGAAUAAUGCCCAUACAAACAUCUCAAUUUUCAAUAGCUUUUUAUAUUCGCAAUUGAUGAGAGAUAGCAACUCGAUGAGAAAUCGUACCCUGUCCAAAACGUGGUUUGAAUCAACUGAGUGGAUCAUCAUUCCCAUUUGCGAAGCAUCGCAUUGGUAUGUCGUUAUUGUGGGAAACUUCUCGAUGCUUCAACCAGGUGCUCGAUCGGAUCCAAAAGCUCCUUUCUUGAUUGUUCUAGAUUCUAUAGGUGGGAAUGAAACUCAAUAUUCGGCAAUGAAAAAGAGAAUUGUGAAUUUUUUAAAAGGAGAAGCACAAAUUGUAUGGGGACCUAGUUUCAAGGAGUUUGAAUUCCUGCCCGUUAAACGAUUUCUCAAGCAGUCCAAUGGUACAGAUUGUGGGUUGUAUCUAUUGGAACAUGUGGAACGAUUUUUGAAACAUCCCAGAGGGUUUUUGGAGGAGGUUCUGGGAGUUGAUGGGGAUUUGAAGAUGGAAAUGAGUAAUCAUUUUGAUCCGCUUAAGAAGAGAAAGGAUUUAAUGGAUUUGAUUUUUAUGCUGAAGAAGGAUCAGGAUCGAUGGGAGGACUUUGAAGAGAGGAAGAAGGGUGGAUGGGAUAAUUCAAGGAUAGAUGUUCAGCGAGAAGAUGUCGUCGUUCAAAUUGGAGAUGAUCGAUCCUUGCAUCACAGCCAGAUUUCGGAAUCGCCAAUGGGAAAUUUUCAAUCUUUACACCGCAUUCAGGCCUCAAAACCAUCGCCUUUGUAUACCAGCACUCAAAACCCCAGGAUAUCCCAUCCGUCCGUCAAAGUUACUGACUCCAUGUUGGUCUUAGCAUCUGAUUUUGAAUUUGGCCCUGGAAAGGAAAUAUCAUCACCUAAAACUCAAAAAGAAGUUCCCGCGAUAUCUCUUGACAAAGGUCAAAUGAUUCAUGACAUAUCUUCCCCUGCUAGGCCCAUGACAUUGAACUCUAUUCAUACUUACUCUUCUCUAACUCUUGAUACGAUUACAUCCAAGUUAACAAAGCAAUCAUCAAUCUUUCAACAUCAUCUCCAAUUAGUACAAUUUUCGGGUCACAUAUCUUCAACUAUGCGUCCUACUUUCAAUGAACAAAGUAUUUGGAAAGAAAUGCCUACACAAUCACCAUCCUCGUUAACUCCUUCGAUGUUAUCCUUGAAUCCUAAUAUUAGCGUCAAGGAAUAUCGCAAGCGUAAACGUGAAGAAGAGGAACGUACAAUUGAACCCUUUUGCUCCUUGGUAAUAGAGAAGGAAGAAGAGUUGAGAAAGGAAUACAAAGCUUCUUUGAAAUUGACAGAAGGGUUGGAGGAUUUAGAUAGAGAGGUGAGCGCGUUUGAAGACGUGUUAAAAAAGACAAUAGAGAAAAAAUCAGAGGAUAUGAAGCAGUUAGAGAAGCUUUGGGACAGGCUGCAUGAGGAUGAGGUUGUUAGAAAUAUGUUCGGAGAUAAAUGGGAAAAAGAUGUUGGAGAAAAAAGGGCAGGGUUGCAAAAUGAGAUGAUGUUGUUGAGAGAAGAGCUAAAGGGUUCCGAGGGAGUGAGGAGAGCGAUGAAGGGGUGGGUAGACAACUCUCGGAUACUUGUUGGACUGGUUGGAGGGGAUCUAAUGAGGGCCGAGAAGUUGAGGGAAGAGGUCAGGGGGUUGGUGGAGGAAGAGCGAAAGGGUGAAGGCAGAGGAGAAAUAAGGUGGGGGAGGAGUGAUUAGAAUUAGAUCGUGGUGUUAUAGCUAUGGUUUUGUCAAUAAUGGAAUGUACUUUUGUGGCCGUGUAAAAUACCUAUAUGCGAAAUGGGUGUAUCAGUGUUGUGAGUCAAGUCAAUUGGUUACAAGAGAAUAAGGAUUUACUUUUGAGAACCUCAAGAUUCAUCUAAUGAAAUGGUGUGGAUAACGACAACUUACCAGAGCAAAAGUCCAACACUGAUCACUCUGCAUGAACCUUUGCUUUCGUUAGUAAGGGUAGAUGUGGAAAAAUCGGAAUAAAUUUCUCACA